GGGCCGCGCCCCUCCGAGGGAUGGAGAGGACGGAGGCCGCGGGCGAACCUGCCAGCGGCUGCCCUCAGGGAUUCAAAGCAGGGAGCAGAGCUGCUGGCUCCAUGGAAGUGAUCUCAACCAUGGAGACCAGUGACCCUGAGCCACAGCCCAAUAAUGGACACCUCCCAAAAUCCAGGCCCUGCUCUCAGGAAGACAGAAUACCCAAUCUGAUGGCCCCUCGGCCUCCCGGGGCAUGGAGGAUACAGCUCCAUGGUCCCUCUGUGCUGGAGUGCAAGGUGAGGGCCUUGAAGGAGAAGAUGACAGCAGACAGGCAGGGGACCAGCCCCUGCCUUGCCUCCCACGAUUGGCUCUCCCCCAAGAAACCCAAAUGCAGAGGAGUCAAGGUGGGUGGAGCUGGGACUCCAUCAGAGGGGUCUUCCUCGCCUGAUGCUGUGAUGGUCCUCCCUGCUCAGAACCUUACCACUGGGAAGCUGGACAGCAGUGUUAAUGAGGAGGAACCCAUCAGGAAUGGGAGCUCUAGACCUCCCAGGCCACCUGCCUCUGGGCUUGAGUGCUGGAACGGGAGGAACCCGUGGCCUCUGGAAGCUGUAUGGACACUGCCUGACCAUGGAAGGGGUCUGCUGCCAGAGCCCAGCUAUUUGCAAGAGAACCCCAUCCACAGAGCCACUCCCUACCGGCCCGGGGACCCUGGGCCUUGUAACGAAACCACCUACAUGCCCACCCUGAAAAAAGGAAGGUCAGACCCCCCUCGGGAUGGUCUGGUCACAGGGGGAGACCUGGACAGCGUGUCUCUGACCUCCGAGGAGGUCUUUGUCCCUAAGACAGCCCUGCCGGGGGGACUCUGGAGAACUGGAGACCUGGGUGCUCUAGGCACUAGGGGCAGUGCCUUGUCUCUGUCUGAUCGGGUGGAGAGGAACCGCCUUCUGCUGCAGGAGAUGCUAAAUGUUGGGGGACAGGGCCCUACCAAGUUGGGAAUCCCAGCCUGGACUCCAUCCUGGGACAACGCUGUACCAGGGCGACCAGCGGGGGACAUGAGCUGGGACUCAGGCAUCUGCCUGCAGGACUCUGGCCAGGACAGAACUGUUGGUCCAAAGCCGGAACCCUUGCUGAACCCCAGGCAUGAGGAGGCCAAGCAUCUGCUGCAAUGUGCCCGCGUGAAGGCCAGGAUCCAGCCCCUCCGCGCCAACCAUGACAUUGUGCCCACCAUCGCCCAGGGCAGCCGAGAUAGCCGGAGGAGCCCAGCCACGUGCCGGAAGUUGCCGGUUACCUGCAGAGACAGCCUCCAGAAUGGCAGUGCGUGUGACUCCUCCAGUGGGGAAUCUGGCAGCGGGCAGUGGCUGAGGCAGGGCACCAUGCCUUCCCAUGUCCGCUUUGAGGAUGAGUCGGCCCUUGAGGCCGAGUCCCGCUACUUGGAACGGCUGCAACAGCGCCAGCGCCAAGGACAGGGCCAGGGGCCCCUGCGCUCCAAACCUGACCUCUCUGACUACAUCCAUGGGGGCUUCCAGCGCAGGAACACUCCCCAACAGGCACUGUCCAGGCUUGUGGGCCACCUGGACCGCUGGGUCCUGCCUACCAGAGGUGGUGAGAGGAAGUGUCGAGCCUGUGGUCAUUGCCUCGAGGACCAAUGGCCCAUCCCUGGGAAGGCACCCCCAGACCCAAGCGUACCCCGGGAUGGUGAGUCUUCUGAAAGGAUGGAGGGGGUGCUGUUAGAGCCCCUUAACUCCCAGGCGCUGAGCUUCCCCCUCAUGCUCCUCCCAUCCAAGCAAGGGCUCCAUAUGGAAUGGUUCCGGGAAACACACACUGGGGACACAUCAGUGUGCCCCGAGGAGGUGGGUCCUGCCCUGGACAGCAUGGACAUCUCUGACACCUGCAGGACAAACAACGAGGAGGCUGGAACUGCUCAGCCCAGCAGGGCCUGUGACCCAACCAGAGGAAGCAGCCCCCAUCCUCAGGCCUCCAGGCCUCAAGCGGGACCCAGGUGGUUCUGGAAGGCUGACAAGGAGCCCCCCAAGAGCCCUCAAGACCCAUGCUGCCCGCCAGGGGUUGAUCUGGCAGAAGUUGCCAAAGAGGUGAAAGAUGGCAGAGGAUGUCCUCCUGUGUGUCCCACAGAUGUCCUCUCUAAGUCUCCUGUCCUGGAAGCAAAGAGGGUUUCCUUGGGGUCCCAGUGGCAGCCUGGCUUAAGGCUGGGAAACUGCUGGGCUCAUUCUAUAGAUACCAAGACCCCGGGCUGGGCAGCCUCAGCCAUGGCCUCUGCCAUGAAACUGGAGUCCUCGGGGCCAGACCAACAAACCCAUGUGGUAGAAAGUGACAUGUCUCUGGAAACUGUCUCCCUACCACAGAGCCUCCUGGAGCCCCCUGCUCCUCACCAGGUCCAGCAGCCAAGCCCUUCCCCUGAAGUCUGGGUGCCAACCCCUCCCUCUUCAAGGAAAACCACCUCUCCUGCAUCUCGCAAAAAAGCAUCCCUGGCUGCACCCCGCAGGCACCCUCACCAGGGAGAGCCGGUGAAUUCCCCGCUGCCUCCUUCAGGAAGUAUCGUUCCCAGGGCCUGGGAGCCUGCCCUCCUACAGAACCAGCCCUGCAGCCCCCAAGUCAGGCACCCACUGUCUACCAAUAGCUGCAACAAAAGCAUGCCCCGGGGGCUGUGGGAACCCCGGGGUAUAGCUAUCCACAAGGGCAAGGUGGAGAAGGAGCCCCAAAGUCAGGAGCCGGAGCCACCCCAGGAGAACUGCAGAGAAGGAGGUCCCCAAGGCUUUCUAGGCUCAGCAGCUGCUGGUGCCAUCGGCUUCAUGGGGCCCAUCCUUUCUGUAGCCUCGGAGGAGUCAAAGUCCAUCCAGGAACCAGAGGGAGGCCUGCCGGAGACAGAGUUGAGUUCCAGAGGGCCUGUGACAUCUCGAGCAUCACUGGACGUCUGUGCAGCACCCGGCCUGCCCUCAGUGGCCCCUUCUGGCAGGAACAAAAAAAGCAAAGGCAGCCUCACCACCCUGGGGCUGAAGAAAUUCUUCUCGACCCUGAGCCAGGGCACCCGGUCCAGGUUGGCCAAGUGCCGCAGCUACAGCGUGGAGCAGCUGCAGCGCCCCACGCCUGGUCUGGCUUCACACACCAGCACCUCCAAAGUGAAGAAAUCCCCGUCGUUACAAUCCCUGCAUCUGGUGUCACCCUCUCACCAACAUCGGAAAACUUCUUUUCAGAACCUCCAGUCUCUGCUGGGUGGCAAGAUGGACCGUUCUAGCCUCUACCUGGUAGGGGAGCCAGAGGAUGACAGUGCAGCUAGCAGGCCAGCCAAGGCCCGGCUCCAAAGUGCCCUCAGUGUGGAAGACGUAGGUGCCCCCAGCCUGGCUCGCACGGUGGGCCGUGUGGUGGAGGUGUUCCCAGACGGCACAAGCCAGCUGCAGCUACAGUGCUCCCCAGAGGGUACUUUCGGCUUCUGUGUGGCCUCCGGGAAUGGGCGCCGGGACUCAGGUAUGCCCCCUUCCCUUUCUGGGUUCCACAGCCCUGGGGUCACAGCAAACCACAGAGAAGACUUUUGGGUGUGGUUCCAAGGCUUUAUUCUGAUCUUUGGCUGAGAGGUGGAGCGCUGAAUUCAGCAAGCCUCUCUGUAAAAUGACUGGAAUUCUCCCCCCUCAGGGGCUCUUUCUGAAGAGUCCAGGUGGGAGGCUGUGGAGGGGUAGAACUGGCAGGCUUCACGCCCCGUCCUGCUACCGUCUGCUGACAUCUAGAAAUCAGAGUCUUAAAGGCCAUUUUUUCACUGGUGAGCCAGAGGGAGGCUGUUUGUGCUUGCCGGGCUUGGGAUCCCUUUGAUGUGGCUGCUGUGUUUAAACGGUUCCCUCCUCCAGCUGCCGAGUGUUUGGGCAUGUGGCGUGUGCCUGCAUGUCUGUGGCCCAGGUCCCUCCUGAGGGUUAUGUCACAUGGUUCCUGGCUCCAGGCCCCUGGCUGGGCUGCCCACUGGUCUUCAUCCCACACAGGCUGGGUCAGGUUGGGGCUCUGGACGGCUCUGCACUGGGCCUGUUCUCAGCCCUGCGUUGUGAGCCCUUCAGGGCAAAAUGACUUGCCCAGACCUUUGCCAAGGUCUGUGGUCCAGAAUCCCAUUCAGGGCAUGAGGUCCUGAAAAGUAUUUCCUUGAGUAAGGAAGA